UAAAAUCCCCCACCUCUUAAUCUCUCCGUCUGUUUUCCUCCAAACGAUAACUUCUCAAAGUCUUAGCAAUGGCUUUUCGCCCCUUGGAACUCAAUAUACUCUCCGCAAAAGACCUUAAAGAUGUCAAUCUCAUCUCCAAGAUGGAUUUGUACGUCGUCGUUUCACUCAUUGGCGAUCACUCAAAGAAGAAACAGAAGGCCAAGUCCCGUGUGGAUCACGACUGUGGCCCAAAUCCCACCUGGAACUUCCCCGUGAAGUUCACCAUCGACGAGUCGUUGGCCCAGCAGAACCGCCUGGGCAUCGAAUUCAAGAUCAAGUGCGACGGUAUCCUCGGUGACAAAGAAGUCGGUGAAGUCAACGUUCGCGUGAAGGACCUAUUGGACGCGCAUGGAGACCUGAAAAAUUUCAAAUCUCAGACUUAUCAGGUGAUGAAGCCCUCUGGAAAACCUAAGGGUGAGUUAACUUUUUCCUACAAGUUCGGUGAUUUAAUCACAGCACCCGCCGCCGCAUCCGCCCCCACCAUGCCAAUGAAUGCUGGUGGGGCGUAUGGGUCUUAUGGAAAUGGUAAAGUAAAAGCUGAUGAACCUGUUAUGGCAUACCCGGCGGCGGUGGGGUCCAGUUCUGCACCGUACGGUGUUCAUUCACAUGCACCGUACCCGCCGCCACCCCAACAAGGAUACGUGUAUCCACCGCCGCCCGUCAAAGCGACAGCAAGCGGAGCUAGUGGGUAUCCACCGCCCCCUCCUCCUCAGGGUCAUGGGUAUCCACCGCCUCCUCCUCAGGGUUAUGGGUAUCCACCGCCUCCUCCUCAGGGUUAUGGUUAUCCACCGCCUCCUUCUCAGGGUUAUGGUUAUCCACCGCCACCUCCGGGUUAUGGAUAUCCGGGUCAGCCACCAGUGCAACAACCGCCUAAAAAGAACAAGCUUGGAGCGGGAGCAGGAUUGGGAGCUGGGUUGAUCGGAGGACUGCUAGGUGGUCUUUUGCUUGGAGAAGUUGUUUCCGAUGUAGCAGAUGCCGGUUUUGAUGGCGGUUUUGAUGGCGGCUUUGAUGGUGGCUUUGAUUUUUGAUUUUGUCUAGUAAUUUAGAUCUAAAGUUGGAACUUUUGUCUGCUUUUACUGUUUUUUUAAUGUUGGAUUUUGAUGGGAUGGUUGGGAAUGGAAUAAAUUAGUAGCAUCACAAUCGUGUAUAUACUAAUAGAAGAAUACGAAUAGUAUUUCUGCACUUUCAA